AUGGGCAUCUUCACCAAACGACGCAACUCCUCCAGAGCCAAUUCAUACGUCGAAGAAGAGCCGAGCCGACGGAACCAGUCGCUUGACGAGUAUCGCCCCGAGUCUGUCCGCAAGGACCAAGCACACAUCCAGCAGCCCACCUCGCCCAACGACGAAGACAUGUAUCCCCGCCCCCAGCAGCCCCAGGAGUCGUCGGCCUUUGCGCCCCAACAGAAUAUCCCAAACGGCACCCACAGCGCAAUGCCCAUCAGGAACCAAGCCAUGGCACCCAACACCAGCAUGGCACCGGCCGCUCCCAUGCCAGACUUACUGGCCCAGGCCUUCAAUCAGGCUGUCCGGCCCUACACGGAAAAGAUAGAGCAGCUUGAGAGCCAGCUUGCCGACAUGCAGGCCUGGGUCGACCAGCUGGAGCAACAGCGCGCAGAAGUUCACAAUUGGAUCGACAAGCGUGGAUUGCGGCCAGACGUCCCCAUCUCCAUUGCAAAGAUCAUGGACACCACCACAGCCGACGCCGCCACCACGCUCAACGCCCAGCUCGAUCGCAAAAUCACAAUCGUUAACUUCGAUCUACACCGUCUUCAGGACGAUCUCAACGAUUCCAUCUCAUCCUCACAUUUCGCUUCGGCCAUGCUCAAGUUCCUUCCCGAUAUCCAGCGCCUCACUCACCUCCCGUCCGGUCCCCGCUAUGCUUUUGACCUCAUACUCAAGCUGGGCGGCAACCUCAACUCACACGGCGGCAUCGACAGCGCAGAUGCGGGCGAUAUUGCUGCUCGUCGCGACUUCUACAGUCGGCUCGACGAGCACAUGGUCGACGUUGUCCAGCGUCGCUUCGGCGAGGGCGAGGACUGGAACGUCUCGCGUGAGAUCAAGCGCAUCGAGAAGACUGCCAGCUAUCUCAGGACAUAUGGUGUCGAGCCGUAUUUCCCUUCGACUCUCGAGUUGAUGAAGCGGGAGAUGGAGUUCCAGCCGCAGAGCAACGGGGUGCCCAACGGCCAGGGAACCCCUCCGCGGUACCAAUAA